UCGUAGCCUAGGAGAACUUUUGUUUACUUCCGGGUUGUCAGACUCGAAAACAAGCGAGGCACAAACACGCCCACGACAGCGAGAAAAGCGGAUUAAAGUCCCGCAGAGAUGGCAGGGGAGGCGGAGGACGAGAUACCAGAAUCAGGAGCAGUUUUCACUUUUGGUAAGAGCAAGUUUGCAGACAACGUUCCCAGCAAAUUCUGGCUUAAAAACGACGUCCCUUUAAAAAUCGCCUGUGGGGACGAGCAUACCGCCUUAAUAACAGAAAAUGGGAAACUCUUCAUGUUUGGGAGCAACAACUGGGGCCAGCUGGGUCUGGGAUCCAAAGUGACAGUGAACAAGCCUACGUGUGUCAAAGCUCUAAAGUCGGAGAAAGUUCAGUUUGUGGCGUGUGGCAGAAACCACACUCUCAUCUGCACAGCUCAGGGAAAGGUGUUCUCGUCCGGGGGGAACAGUGAGGGUCAGCUGGGGCUCGGGGACUGUGAGGAGCGGACGGCCUUCCAGAGGAUUCACUUCUUCGACUCUCGAGGACCAAUCAAAAUGCUCGCUGCUGGUUCAAACACCUCUGCUGCUCUCACAGAGAGCGGUAAGCUGUUCAUGUGGGGCGACAACACGGAGGGUCAGAUCGGUUUGGGGAAGGAGGGCCACGCCGCCUCGCCCCAGGAGGUCAGCGUGGGUCGACCAAUCAGCUGGGUGUCCUGUGGAUACUACCACUCUGCAUUAGUGACAGCUGACGGAGCUCUGUACACGUUCGGUGAGCGUGACAGUGGUAAACUGGGUCUGGGCACCGAGCAGCUGCCCCGACAUCGAGUCCCUCAGCGGGUGAAGAGCAUUAAAGAGGAGGUGCUGCAGGUGGCGUGUGGAGGGGGACACACGGUGGCACUAACAGAAGACGACAUGUACACCUUCGGUCUCGGUCAGUUCGGUCAGCUCGGUCACGGCACGUUCAUCUUCGAGUCGCGGGUCCCUCGGCUUGUCGAGCACUUUAGGAAGGGAAGAGUGUGUCAGGUGAACUGUGGGGAAAACCACACUGCCGUCAUCACAGAAAGCGGUCUGCUGUACUCGUUUGGAGACGGUCGACAUGGGAAACUGGGUCUGGGGGAAGAAAACUUCACAAACCAGUUUAAACCGACUCUGUGCCCUCGCUUCCUCAAGUACAAUGUUCAGGCAGCUACGUGCGGCGGCUGUCACAUGGUGGUGCUGGCUUGUCCGAGGGAUCCGGGCUGCAGCGAUGUGACUCUGGAGGAAGACGACGUGACAGAAGAUUACCUGGAGAAGCCGUACGUGGAGCUGCUGGGGAGUACGGCCGACUCGUCAAUCCUGCAGAGGAGCCUCUCUGCUCGGGUCCGCAGGAGGGAGAGGGAGAGAUCUCCGGACCAGUUCGGCGCCAUGUUCCGCACGCUGCCUGCCGUGAUGUCCGGCUACCUCCGCCCACCGCUCCCCGUCUCCAGCCAGACCAUCCCGCCCAGACUUCCUCCGACCCAGCUGAGCCACAGAAAGGUGCUCAACGGCACUCACCAACACGGGAGCGCAGGGUCAAUGCACCAGGAGCAGACAGGCGACGUUGUGGAGAGCCUGACCGACACAGACAGCGUUAAAGAUCUCGGAGAAACCACAGACUUCCUCAACAUGACACACGUGAUGAAGAUGGAAAGCGAUAAAAGCCUCAGUCUGUCUCCAGUUCAGAAGAGGAAGGGUAAGCAUGCUAAAACUAACCAGAAAAAAGAGGGAAAGCUCUCAAAGCUGAGCAGUUUCUCUUCCACUCCCUCGUCUCAUAAGAGCGAGACGGUCUCGCCUCGCCGUGCGCUACCUACUGAACUCCUGAGGGGCCCCGUGGUCCGCUCUUCGGCCCCUCAGACACCGCAGGGACAGAAAGCGUCCAAGCAGAACAAAGAGAAUCUGAUCCUGGCUGUGGAGGAUCUGCAGAGGAAACCCGGUAAAAACAAACAUCCAAGUAUACAAGACAUUAAGAAGGCAGCAUCCAAACGGAGGAGCAAGCCAACCCAGAGGGGAAAUCAGCUGAUGGAGGUUGGCAGAAAGUCGGGACAUGACUCCAAACAACACCCUGAAAUCAGAAAGACAGUUUCAGCUGAAUCCGCAGUGAAAGUUAAGCAAUCACAGCCGAGACGUGUCAGCGUUAAAAGCAAACCGAUAGCAGUGCAAAGUCAGCACACACGAGCUUCCUCUUCAGGUAAACACAGUCACACAGACUCGGAGAGUUUAGACAGCUCUCGACUGCUCUCUCAGGGGAAAAGUAGCUCGAAAUCUAAAGAGAACACAGAAAUUUCUAAAAAGUCUAAGAACGAGAAAAACAAAAAGGAGGCUAAAUCAAAGAAAGAGAGCAAACCUGCAGAAGGAAAAACAAAAGAGGCUUCAAAUCUCAACCUGCUAGCUGGAGCAGCCUCUCUCGCAGCAGGUGCCGUUUUAAUGCAUGAGGUGAUGUCCCAGAGCUCACCGUCGCCAUCAGAGAGCAGUCACAGCGCCCUGAAAGACGGCGUGCAGAAAUUCCGCAGCGAAGAAUCUGAAUCCGCCGCCGACGAUUUCAGGAACAAAUCCGCAGUCAGCAUCAACAUCAUCCCUGCAGCAGAGAGUCCAGAAGACGGGACGAGUCGGAGGGAGACGAGUCAGGAUGAAAGUGAGGAGAAAACAGACUCUGUGACGGUCCAACAGGAGGAAGAGGAGGAGGAGGAGGAAGAGCAGAGAACAAGUGCUGAUGUAAGCGAGGAGGAGGAAGAUGUCAGUCACAGUGUGGAGAAAGUUACAGAAGAAGAAGAAGACAAGGACAGCGACACUCUAAAACCAGAAGAGGAGUCAGGAAGUGAUGCAGGAAGCAGCGUUACAGACAAAGGUGAUGAGGAAGGUGAGGAAGAGGAAGAGGAGGAAGCAAGUGAGACUGCAGGGAAGGAAAGCGAAGACGAGACUGAAGGGAAAGACAGUAAGGGAAGUGAUGUAGAAGAGGAGGAGGAGGGAAGCGAUGAAGGGUCGAGUGAAGAUUCAGACAGCAAAGGAGGAGAGUCUGAAAGUGAGGAGGAAGAGGAGGAGGACCUGGAAAGUGAGGAGGAGGAAGAGGAGGGUGAAAGUGAGUCUUUAAAGACUUCAGAGAGCAAAAAGAGUGAUGAAGGUAGUGAGACUGAGGAGAGAGAGAGUAAGGAGGAGAAGGAGAGUAGUGCUGAGGAGGAAGAGGAGAAAGAGAGUAGUUCUGCUGAGGAGGAGGAGGAGGAAGAGGAGGAGAAGGAGAGUAGUGCUAAGGAGGAAGAGGAGAAAGAGAGUAGUUCUGCUGAGGAGGAAGAGGAGGAGAAAGAGAGUAGUGCUGCUGAGGAGGAAGAGGAGGAGAAAGAGAGUAGUGCUGCUGAGGAGGAAGAGGAGGAGAAAGAGAGUAGUGCUGCUGAGGAGGAAGAGGAGGAGAAAGAGAGUAGUGUUGAGGAGGAAGAGGAGAAAGAGAGUAGUGCUGCUGAGGAGGAAGAGGAGGAGGAGGAGGAGGAGGAAGAGAGUAGUGCUGAAGAGGAGGAGGAAGAAGAGGAGAAAGAGAGUAGUGCUGAAGAGGAGGAGGAAGAGGAGGAGAAAGAGAGUAGUGCUGAAGAGGAGGAGGAAGAAGAGGAGAAAGAGGGUGGUGAUGCUGAGGAAGAGGAGGAGAGCAGUGAGCAAGAAGAGAGUGAACAUGAGACAGAAAGUGAAGGAGAGGAGGAGGAGGACGACGAAGAGGAACAAAAGAGCGAUGAUGAAGAAGAGGCUGAGGAGGAAGAUGCUAAUAGCACAGAUGAAAAAGAAGAUGAGGAGGAGGAAGAAGAAGAGGAGGAAGAGGUUGUAAAAAAGGAAAAGUCAGCUGAAGAGAGAAGUGUUAAAUCUGGACGUAAACUGAGAUCAGCUCAGGCAGCAGACGAGUCAGAGGAGUUCUGGGGCGACGUGUUACCGCAGUACCUCCACCUGAAAUAACACAAAACUACGGAAGCCUAAAGGGGACUUUAUUUAAUGACCUUCAUCUGCAUCGACUGGAGCAUCGACAACCUGUUUACAAGCACAACUCGUUAAAACAACAACAAAUGCAAUCAGAAAAAAAC